AUAACAAUUUUGCAAUUGAAAAAAUGACUAGCUGCGUGCCAGCGCAGCAUCAAAAAGAUCAAGAGCAAUUGGAACAGCUUAUUGCCAGCGACGACGACGAGAUGGAUGAACAGAGUGACGCUGAUGAGGCGGAAAAACAGCAGCUGACUGAGCCCACAUUUUGCUUUUCGAACAGCACUACGUGCUGGGUCUGCAACGGCUAUUACGGACCUAAUUUCGGUGAGCCCCUAUGUGGAGCAUGUCAUGCAUUUUUGUACAACGCACAACGAGCUGAAGAGCUGCUGACAGAACUCUCCGAUGAUGACGAUUCUGGUAAUGAUGAGCCGCCGUUGAUGGACAAGCAGGAGGAUGAUGAAACUGAAAACGAUGCCGAUAUAAUGGGUUUUGAGGAUUUGGAAGACGCCGAGCCGGCAGCACAACAGCAACAGCCACAAGUUAAUGAGCCGGAUCCCGAGCCAAUGCAACAGCAACAGCAGGCGGCAGAACAGAUUAUACCUGCACCAAAUGCAGCACAGCGACGUGAGACGCCGGAGCGUGAAGUCGAGCAGGAGCGUGCCGUCAAUCCGUUCCUCCUGCCCAUAAAGCGACCACGCCCCAUGCCACCACCGGCAUUACCAUAUUUCAUGGCCGAGUUGGCCGAUGGAAGAGCGCGCGCCCAUGAAUACAAUGAAGCCGGCGCCAGUGGUAGCAAUGCAUCGGCUGGAAAAAGCAUUACAAAUAUGAUACCCGUCGAGGUUAUGCUCAAAAUAUUUGCUUAUCUAGAUGACAUGUCGUUGUGGAUGGCCUCCGAGGUGUGCAAGCAGUGGCACGACAUUAUUGGUAAGAAUACGGCGCCAAGCAUGUGGAAAAUGUACAUCAAACAGCGCUGGCCGCUUUUCGAAUGCCUAACCGAGAUGCCCGAUUGGUACAAAAUGUACGGGGCGUUGAUGUCGUCGUGUUUUUGUCGCACCUGUCUAAUUUUGGCGGGACAAUCGCCGCCAACAGGCGAACAUGAAAAUGACAACGUGAUGCGUAAUAACUAUUUGCGUGGCGAGGCUAACCUCCUGAACAGUUACGAAUCGGAGGGUAUCAAGGCUAUACCACUGGAUCGGCAAAACAAUUACUGGCAAGCGACCAUUCUGGGUCCAAUUGGUAGUCCCUACGAGGGUGGAAAAUUCUUUCUCUUCAUAUACUUUCCAGAGCGCUAUCCUAUGGCACCACCCACGGUGAGGUUUUUAACAAAGAUUCUCCACCCAAAUGUUUCGCGUCACGGAGAUGUGGGCAUCGAUAUCUUCCAACAGCAGAACUGGUCGUUGGCCCUUAAUGUGGCGAAGGUGUUGCUAUCUGUGCAGAGUCUUCUGACUGAUCCGUACACUGAUGUUUGCAUGGAGCCCGAGUUGGGAAAUAUGUACGAACACGAUCGGCCCCGCUUUGAACAGUUAGUACGUGCCUGGACUUGGAAGUAUGCCAUGUUUGAAUUAAUUUCGCCGACUUAAAGGCGCUAAAUCGUAAUCUUCAUGGAAGACAUCACUCGUAUUGCUUACUGGACUGAAAGUUGGAAACUAGCCCCUCUAAGUUGAUUUGUAUAUGUAACUAUUUAGAUUAGUAGUGCCAUUUCAAUUGGUUGUUUAUUUUGGCCUCUUAAACCCAUCCCGAAUUACACGUAGUCGAAAUUACACUUAAAAAUGCUAACAUAAACAUAUAAAAUAUAACUAAUGCUUAAGUUACUA